GGGCGGGUCGUAAAUACUUUUAUUAUUUUGUGACGGAAUGUAUUCGUUGAAAUUAAUGAUAACGAUGCACGGUAUUGUAAGGGAUAAAAAUUCGGAUUUAGGCGUUUUGUAUAAAAUAUAUUGUGCUGUGACUGAGUAGACCACAUAGUAGUUUUGAUAAAAACAGGAUAUUGUCGAUCAACACCAGGGUAGCCCAAUGAAAACUCUGCUGGUAUAUUUUGGGGAAAACGCUCGAACACGUCACACGUCAAGUCAUCGUUGGUGGUCAGAGCGGUCUGUGGAACCUUAGCUCUUGAGUCAGAGCGUCAGUUUGUGAGUCUGUCAGGUCUAGUAACCUAGAAACCAGACAGUAAAUUCCGUUGAAAUCCGACUAUUUGAGGAGCAUUUUCAAUAAAUGCGACACAGACAACGAUGGAUAUAUCACAGUGAAGGAGCUGUAUGACCUCAUAGAAAGCAGGGAGUACGAGGAGGAUAUUCCACCUCGUGUAGUCCAGAGGAUACACGAGAAUCAUGACCAGAACAUGGACAAGAAAUUGGACUACAAAGAGUUUUUUGAUAUGGUCAACAACCCUAACUUACAACAUAUCUUUGGACACUAUAUAAACAGAUAUAUCCACUGGAUCAUUCCACGUCGACAUCCUCAAACUACAACAGUUACAGAUGGCAUAUAUGAAGAGGAAUACACUUGCAUGCCUCCAGCAGUGGGCAUGAUCAUUUUCUCCCUGAUUGAAAUAAUUUUCUUCUGCAUUGAUGAAGCUACAGAGUUUAAAUCUACAAACACAGCUUCUGGGCCUAUGGCCACACUUUUUAUCUAUGAACCUACCAGACGAAGAGAAAUAUGGAGGUAUGUGACAUAUAUGCUGGUACAUGUGGGACCAUUCCAUUUGGUGGUAAAUCUGCUGGUCCAGCUAAUGUUGGGUGUUCCAUUGGAAAUGGUGCACAAAUGGUGGAGGGUGCUGGUCGUCUACCUCGCUGGAGUGCUGGCCGGUUCAUUGGGCACUUCUGUCAUUGAUCCUACCGUCAAAUUGGCUGGGGCGAGCGGAGGCGUUUACUCGUUGGUGACCGCGCACAUCGCUUCCAUCAUCAUGAACUGGAAGGAGAUGACGAAGCCCGCACUCCAGCUGCUCGUGUUCGUGAUCGUCGCCGCGAGCGACGUCGGCACCGCCAUCUACAAUCGGUACGUGCUCGACAUCAACGAGCACGUCGGAUACGCGGCACAUUUCGCAGGCGCCGUCGCCGGCCUCCUGGUCGGAAUCAACGUGCUGAGGAAUUUGAGCAUCACGCGCACGGAACGCAUCAUCUGGUGGUGCAGCAUCGUAACUUACAGCGUGCUGAUGGGCGUUUGCAUCGUGUGGAAUCUCGCCUGGAAGGGGUACUUCCCCAAGGAGGUGUAUUAUUAGCUUUUAUACGAUUUUCAUCCUGUCAGUACACAAAUGGUUAUUAUUCGAAAAUUGAGAUUUUUUUUUGUGAAAUUUCCACACAAGGUUACUACUGUCCCAAGGAUAAAAAGUUUUUCAGUUUCUAAAAAUCGGUCUAGUGGUGAGGGAGGUAGGCACAAAAAGACAAAAAAUAAAAAUCGCUCAAACUUCGUUUUUUGACGUCUGAGAGGCUUUUGAUCAUUUUCGGAAUUUUUUUGUGAGGACUUAAACUUGGAGGUUGUAAAUGUAAGGGCUUUAGUAGUAGUCAAAACAUGGCAUUUGAACAUUCCACAACCAUGUGCUGGUUGGAGACGGUUUUUAUUCGAGGAUACUCAGAAAAUAUGAUCAUAUCAUUAUUUAUAAUAUAGGAUAAUUUAAUUUUCAGUGAGAUUUACGACUGGCAUUUCUUUGCAACGAAAACGUAAAAUUGUUCACGUUUUGGAUAAAUCAACAUCACGCUUCCAGUUUCUAUUGUAAUACUAUAAGUGCCUUUUUUGUAGCACAAUACACAUGGUUAUUUUUCUUUGUAUUAUUAAAUAUGAAUCUCUAAAGUACGAAUAAGUAAAUAAAUAUUUUAUUUUAUAAGAAUUACAUAAUUGUAACAGUACCUAGAGCUUUGGUACAAAUAUGAUAUAUUUCCAGUAUUUUUGUACUUAAUUAUUUAUAGAGAUAUUUUAU